CGCCACUCAAUUUCCUUCGACUAAUUUUUACUAGUAAUAAUUCUCUCUAUGGCACACUAUCACUCAAUAUGUCAUCCCAGUCAUCUGGAGCCGCUUGAACUCGAGAUUCUACACCGUCGAGAUGCUUUUGGCCUCCCGCCUAAAGAAGUCCAGGAUACGCUUGUGGACGUAUUCUUCAAAUGGGUAGCACCAAUACUGCCCGUGAUCGAUCGCCAUGCUUUCAUGAGGCAGUAUAACAGUGCGGAAGACCCGCCGUCGACUCUACUGUUACAAGCAGUGCUUAUGGUUGCAUCCCGAUAUUCUACCAGCCAGCAGAGCUCAAAAGAGUAUACCGUAUCGCCGCGCACAUUCUAUAAGAAAGCCAAAGCAUUGUAUGACGCUGGCUAUGAAACCAACUUGAUAACUGUGAUUCAAGCUGUAGUCUUGCUAGGUGCUUACUGGGAAGGUCCUGACGAUCUUACUGAAAGCGGGAUAUUCUACUGGAGCCGGCUAGGUAUUGCUUUGGCACAGGAGAUCGGACUACAUGAGAGUGAAAGAUACACGGGCCUCCAGCCAUCACAACGAGGCCUCCGCAAGCGGAUAUGGUGGACAUUGUAUACCCGAGACCGCUCUGUAGCCGCGGCGUUUGGCCGACCGUUGCAUAUUAAUCCAAGCGACUGCACGGUAGAGCCACUAGCAGAGAGUGACUUUGUCGAGCAAGAUGAAGAUGCACUAUCUGAGCCAACAACUGAAGUUCAGGCUAGGUUCUUUAUGGAGUAUGUCAAACUCUGCCAGCUUAUGGAUCUGGGUUUGUGUUUGAACCUCUCUGCAAGAUCUACUCAAGAUGCUCGAAGUGCUGGAGCUGCGCAGUGCGAACUUGGGUUAAAUGAAUGGCUCGUAGCUUGUCCUUCAGACCUACAUUGGAGACAGACGCGCCACACGUUUCUGUCAGCGAUAUUAUUUUCCACGUUCUACACAAUCGUAUGCCAGUUGCAUUUACUGCAGGCCCCUUUUUCCUCCAAAGAAUCUCAGAGCUCGGCUUUCCACGCUGCGUCGACCAUUGUCUCAAUUAUGGAGACUCUUCUUUCGCACAAUGAGCUUCAAUACUCCCCUACAUUCAUAAUCUGCUACGCCGUAACAUCCUUCGUUACCUUGAAGCAUCAAAUGGAUGCUUCACUACCAUCUCUCCUACACGGUAUCAGGCUAAAACUUGAAUCCAAUCUCGAACUGUUGGAGGCAUUGGCCAAGACAUGGCCCAUUGCAACGUUAUUCCUGGAAUUCUUCCAAACAAUGACAACUCCAGAACAAUUCAACAGACUACUGUCAGUUGCUGUGGAGGAAUGUCACAAACGUGCACUUGGGGACAAAGACGACCCCGAAGCACCUCGGAGACCAACAUCUUUCAAACGGCCAAAACUACAACAGGUGAUUCUUCCACAGAGCAGGGUUGUAUUUCAGAUCCUGGCGCGAGAAACUCAGAGGCGACAAACUGCGCUGCUUCGGUCUCAGGGGUCAGGUAUCGCAUCCCAUGAGGUCGGAGAUAUGCCAUUUGGGUCUGUCUCUAGUUCUACUCCCGGUAGCGUUGAUGAUAACUCGCCAGGUGAUCUCGAAAAUGCGCUACAAAGCUGCGAACCUACUGCAGUGUUGCGAAAUCUUCGAGAGAUUAUCCGAAUUGGGAACUCUCAGGGGACAGACAAUGGUACUUGACUAUCUGAUAGGGGUUAUUAGAACUCAAAUCAUUUUGGGUACUGCAUCUACCCAUACGGAAUGAGCAAAGACCAGCUUUAGUGGC